AUCAUCAUCAAUUUCAUCAUAGAUCAUUUUCUAUUGUCCCCACGGCACUAACUAUUUAUCACUAAAAAAGUUGCACGCAAGCAUACCUACCUUAUUUUAGCCCAAAUUCCUAGGAAGGAAUCAAUCCUUCAACAACGGAAACAAACAUGAGUAAUUUGAGGAGAGUCAGUUUUUUUCUUCUUCACUUACUCAUCAUUUUCUAUCUAAAUCUUCAACUGGGUAGUUGUAGUUUUUCAAGUUCAUCUUCAGACCCAAUUACCCAACAAAAAUUUGAUAGAGUAAAUUAUCUUCCAGGCCAGAAUUUUGAUGUUGCAUUUACACACUAUUCUGGGUAUAUAACUGUUAAUGAGGAAUUUGGAAGAGCACUCUUUUAUUGGUUCAUUGAAGCUGUUGAAGACCCUUCUUCAAAACCUCUCCUUUUGUGGCUCAAUGGAGGACCUGGAUGUUCAUCCAUUGCAUUUGGUGAGGCUGAAGAACUUGGACCAUUUCAUAUCCAAAAGGAUGGGAAAACUCUUUAUUUGAAUCCUAAUUCUUGGAACAAAGUUUCUAAUGUAUUGUUUCUGGAUGCUCCUGUUGGAGUUGGCUUUUCAUAUUCCAACACUACGUCUGAUUUGCUAACUAAUGGUGAUAAUAGGACAGCUCAAGACUCCUUGAAGUUUUUGGUAGGAUGGUUUGAGCGGUUCCCAGAGUAUAAGGGGAGAGAAUUAUACAUUUCUGGAGAGAGCUAUGGAGGACAUUAUGUACCCCAGCUCAGCCAAGCAAUAGUAAGGUACAACUCGGCAGCUAACAAAGAACAGAUUAAUUUGAAGGGUUAUAUGGUUGGAAAUGCCUUGACUGAUGAUUAUUAUGACCACCUCGGCAUAUUCCAAUUUAUGUGGUCAUCUGGUUUGAUCUCUGACGAAACUUAUAAGCUGCUUAACAGAUUCUGCGACUUGGAAUCAUUUGUACAUUCAUCAGAAAAGUGCGAAACAAUACUAGAUAUUGCUUCUAAUGAACUUGGAAACAUUGACCCAUAUAGCAUCUAUACCCCCUCUUGUACCACAAACUCUUCAUUGCCAAAUAAGCUACUGAAAAGACUGAUUGGUCACCUCAAUGAAGCAUAUGAUCCAUGUUCUGAGAAGCAUUCAAUUGUAUACUUCAACCAACCUGAAGUUCAACAAGCACUACAUGUUAAUCCCCAGUUUGCUCCUGUAAAAUGGGAAACAUGCAGUGAACUAGUAAAUAGCAACUGGCAGGAUUCAUCUAGGUCUGUCCUUGACAUAUACCACGAGCUGAUGGAUGCUGGACUUCGGAUCUGGAUGUUCAGUGGUGACACAGACGCCGUGAUCCCUGUCACAUCAACAAGAUACAAUAUAGAUGCUCUCAAACUCCCAACCAUUAAGCCUUGGCAUGCUUGGUAUGAUGAUGGCCAGGUUGGGGGAUGGACACAAGAGUACAAGGGCCUUACAUUUGUCGUGGUGAGAGGAGCUGGCCAUGAAGUCCCUCUACAUCGAGCUAAGCUUUCACUUACACUAGUCAAGUCCUUCUUGGCCGGAGAAUCGAUGCCAACACUGGAGCAAGUCAGUGAUUCUUAAACAUUGCAUUCUUUAAGAGUAAAUCUAAGCGAAAGGGUUCUAGUUACCUUUAUUUUACUUGACAAAUCCUCGUACGAAACGCCCCCUAGAACUAUUUUGUGUCCUCAAACGGGAAAAUAUAAUUUAAGUCUUUUGUGGAAUACUCAAACUUGCACCUCCCUCUAAUGUAGGGAUGCAAUGGGCUUGGGAAAUGUAAACACUAAACAGCGUUAUAGUUGCGUUUAUAAAAAGAAACCUCAUCAUUGAUGGUUAAUUUUUGAA